GGACGGAAGUGCGUUGGGCGCCAUAUUUGAUACGUUUGAAGCUAGCUGUUAGCACUAACUGUUUACAAAUCUUAACUUUCCAUAUUUUCGGGCGUUAAACGUAGAAAGAGCUCUUACAUUGUACCAAAAUGAGUGCUAUAGACCAUGUCCGUGAUAUGGCUGCUGCUGGCCUUCACUCAAAUGUGCGAAUUUUGAGCAGUUUGUUGCUGACGAUGAGCAAUAAUAACCCAGAGCUGUUCACUCCUGCACAGAAGUACCAGCUGCUGGUUUACCAUGCAGAUGCCAUCUUCCAUGAUAAAGAAUACAGAAAUGCAGCCUGUAAGUACACCAUGGCCCUGCAGAUGAGAAAAGUCCUCAGCAAAACAUCCAAAGUCAGGACCUCAGCCGGAGGAGCUGCAUCUAACAUACAAGCACAGAGUUUGCCAUCAGAAAUUGAGGUUAAAUACAAGAUCGCUGAGUGCUACACCAUCCUGAAACUAGACAAAGAUGCCAUUGCAGUGCUUGACGGGAUUCCUUCAAGGCAGAGAACACCAAAGAUUAACAUGAUGCUGGCAAACCUGUACAGAAAAGCUGGUCUGGAGCGGUCUGCAGUGACCAGCUACAAAGAGGUUCUCAGGCAGUGCCCCCUUGCUCUUGAUGCGAUCAUUGGUCUUCUCUCAUUGUCAGUGAAAGGGGCAGAAGUGGCCUCUAUGACGAUUGAUGUGAUUCAGACCAUCCCAAACCUGGACUGGCUCUCGGUCUGGAUCAAGGCCUAUGCCUUCAUCCAUGUAGGGGACAACCAGAGGGCCAUCAACACCAUAUGCUCUUUGGAGAAGAAGUCUCUGUUGAGAGAUAAUGUGGAUCUGUUGGUGAGUUUGGCAGAUGUAUACUUCAGAGCCGGGGACACUAAAAAUGCUAUCCUAAAAUUUGAACAAGCACAAAUGUUGGACCCUUAUUUAAUUAAAGGUAUGGAUGUAUAUGGAUAUCUUAUGGCUCGUGAAGGACAUUUAGAAGAUGUUGAGGUUUUGGGAGGACGAUUGUUCAACAUUUCAGACCAACAUGCAGAGCCCUGGGUCAUCUCUGGUUGUCACAGUUUCUACAGUAAGCGCUACUCGCGUGCACUGUACCUCGGGGCCAAGGCGAUACAAUUGAACAGCAAUAGUGUGCAGGCGCUUCUCCUGAAGGGGGCAGCAUUGAGGAACAUGGGCCGAGUGCAGGAGGCCAUCAUUCACUUCAGAGAAGCCAUGCGCCUGGCUCCGUGUCGACUCGACUGCUAUGAAGGCCUGAUUGACUGUUACCUUGCAUCUAACGGUAUCCGAGAGGCGAUGGGGAUGGCCAAUAACAUUUAUAAGACUCUGGGAGCAAACGCUCAGACACUGACGAUCCUCGCCACAGUCUGCCUUGAGGACCCUGUGACCCAGGAGAAGGCCAAGACACUGUUAGAUAAGGCCCUGGCCCAGAGACCAGACUAUACCAAGGCUGUGGUCAAGAAGGCGGAGCUGCUGAGUCGAGAGCAGAAAUAUGAAGAAGGAAUAGCUCUUCUGAGAAAUGCAUUGGCCAAUCAGAGUGACUGCGUGCUGCACAGGAUGUUGGGAGAUUUCUUGGUGGCUGUGAAUGACUAUCAAGAGGCAAUGGACCAGUAUAGUAUAGCUCUAAGCUUGGACCCUAACGAUCAGAAGUCGUUGGAGGGGAUGCAGAAGAUGGAGAAGGAGGAGAGCCCGACAGACGCCACGGUGGAACUAGACGGGGACGACAUGGAGGGCAGCGGUGAGGAAGGUGAGCUGGAGGGCAGUGACAGCGAGGCAGCGCAGUGGGGCGACCAGGAGCAGUGGUUCGGUAUGCAGUGACCCAGGGCAGGAGAGGGAGACGGGCUUGGAUGUGACGGCCAGUACAGUGUUUACCAUUCAGAAUCACUAGGAUAGUCCACCACAUUCUAUAAGAUGGACUAUAAUAGUUGUAUUUGAUUGGUAAAACUGAAUCUGAUAUUCUUCUUGUAGUCUAAAGACAAUAAUGGAAACCUGAAUGAAACUGAAACUCCUUUUUUUUUUACAUGACCUAUGUAAAUGGAAUGUAAACAGGCAUUUUAAAACAUUGUCUUCAUUCAAAUGAUGUUUGAACUUUUCUGUUCCUGCCCUCCUUUGUCAUAAGUGUCUUUACAAAGUAUAAAACAUUUACAAGACUCGACAGUAAGAGGGGGUAAAGUUGCUAGUAGGCUAAUCUUGCUUUUUGAAAACAAAAUUAAUCCUGAAAAAUAAACUGCACCUUUCUAAUGUAAUACUGCUGUGGUGUACAGAGGCAGUUGGAGCCUAUACCAGAAACUGUGGGCCUCACGGAGGGUCUUACCUGGUCAAAGUUGGACCCAGCCAAAUUUUACAAUUGGUCAAUUUGUCAUGCAAAAUCACCUCAAGAAUGUAAUGUUGCAUAUAUUCAGUGUUACCCUUGUACUGUGACAGGGUGGUAUAGGCAAUCCCAAUUGUAUUAUUUUGUCAAAUGCAAUGAUCAGGGUUAAAAUGCCAUACCUCUUUAUCAUAAAGCUGUCCUUUUUAAAAAAGAAAACAAUUUGUUUUACCAAUUUUCAGUUAAAGCCCCAAUGUGCACCUCUAAAAUAAUACAUAAAAAAGUACAAUAAAAACAAUUUUUAUUGUGUCUGUUAGUACAAUAAAACAAUUGUUUUUAUUGUAUUAAACAGAAAAUUGAAAUGUUCCUUUUAGCUAUGAUACUCAGUAUGGCCUCCAGAAAGUUAAACGGGAAACACAGCUUUUUGCAUUGGUUAUUAUUUUUGGCUUAAACUCCCUAAAAUAACAAAAGUAAAUGUGAAAUAACUUAUGUUUAUAGUAAUUAAUCUGUUCAUUGUCAUGUUGUCAUAUCAUGUUGAUGUUGUCUUUUCAAACUUGGGGGAAGUGUUACCAUUUCAAGAACACAGUUUAUAGUAUUUUGUACAUAUUUUUUAAGAUGUAUAAUAAAAUUGUUUAUGGUGAAGAUUUUUCAG